AUGUGCAAAAGGGGGUUCUAUAACGUGGAGAAAGGAGCAAUGGAGGAUAUGUGCCCAGUGGAUGUUCCAAAAGCGGUUGAUGCGGCACACACCGGAUUUUUGGAGGGCGAUAAAAGUCCCACUGGGCACAAACAAGGAGCGUCCGUACGUUUUAGUACGGAUGAUGGGAAUUUCCGCUCUGUGCAGGACCAAGCAUCCGCCUGGGGGCAGAAAGGGCAAAGGCCAUAUAUCAUUGGCAGGAUGGCCCUGAAACGCACUUCCGAGCAGGCAAGGCCGAACUCAGGAUACUCCAUGCGCGAACUACACUAA